AUGUCAAAAUUAUUACAAUUAAAUUAUUUGGCAAAUUUGUUUUAUAAAUUAAUUAAAUGGAUUUUGUCAACUUUAAGUUUGGAUAUUAAAGGAAUUAUUAACUCUCAACAGGAAGUAAUUAGUUUAAGUAAGCCAAAAACAAAACAAAUUAGAACUCUUGGAUCGCUUAUUAAACAAGAACAUGAUUUGAGCAAAGCAACAACACCUACUACCAAAAAACUUUUAUUUAUCUGGACAAUUGCCGAGGAUGUUUUAAAAAAAUUAGAAUAUGAAAAUGGAAAAUUUGAAUUUAGAGAUGAUUUAGAAAUAAAAGAAGAGGAAAACGAAUUAAAGAUAUUUCCUUGUUGGAGUUAUGAAGAUGAGGAAUUUUGUUUUGAAACAAUUAAAAUUAUUAAAAAAUUAUUAAAAAUUUAUGAAAAUAUUAAAGAAUUAUAUGGAUUAGAAUAUUUUGUUGGAGGUAAGGGGAAGAUGUUGAUGGAAAUUAAAGGAAAAAUUAAAGAAGAAAUGAAUUCAGAAGAAAUACUUCCUUUAAAUUUGGAGAUGUAUAUUAUUGAAUAUUUUGGUGGAGAACACGAACCCUAA